CUGGGAUCGAUUGACGCUGUCUUUUCGUACACACGUGUGUUCACAGCUGUGAUGGCGGAUCUGACAGGAGAACCCACCGCAGGAGGGCUGAACGAUGCAGGGGCGAAGGAGAAAGAUGGAACUGGAACCGCAGCACCUGCUGGAGCGCUGAUGCCGGCUGGGACCUUAAAAGCAGGUCGCACGCCGGUUCGUCGAGUUGCCAACCAAAUCCCCGAUGAAAUUUCUCAGAAUCCCUUACUCUUGGAAGCCAUCUCCGUGCUGCCGCAGAACUACAACUUUGAAAUUCCCAAGACUAUAUGGAGAAUUAAACAAGCUGCGGCCAAGAGGGUUGCUUUACAGAUGCCGGAAGGGCUGCUGAUGUUUGCCUGCACUAUCGCAGAUAUCGUAGAGAGAUUUACGUCGGCAGAGACCGUGGUGAUGGGAGAUGUGACAUACGGAGCGUGCUGCGUGGAUGAUUACACGGCGCGGGCGCUAGGAGCGGACUUCCUGGUGCAUUAUGGGCACAGCUGCCUGAUUCCCAUUGAUGCCACACAUGGAAUGCGGAUGUUGUAUGUGUUUGUCGAUAUAAAGAUUGAUGUCUCGCACUUUGUGGACACAAUUCGUUUCAACUUUGCCCGUGGAACAUCACUGGCCUUUGUGAGCACUAUCCAGUUUGUGUCAGCACUUCAGGCCGCUGUUCAAGAUCUUCGUCCUGAUUACAAAGUUCUCGUCCCCCAGAGUAAGCCAUUAUCCCCGGGAGAAAUACUGGGCUGCACUUCCCCGCGACUUGAGUCUUCUGUAGAUGCUGUUGUGUAUCUGGGUGAUGGUCGCUUUCAUCUGGAGUCCGUAAUGAUUGCCAACCCAGACACGAAGGCUUUCAGGUACGAUCCAUAUAGUAAGGUUUUCUCGCGGGAGUAUUACGAUCACAGCUGCAUGCAAAAAAAUCGAGGCGAUGCCAUUUCAUCGGCUGCUGGAGCUAAAACAUGGGGCCUCAUUUUUGGUACUUUGGGGCGACAAGGAUCCCCAAAAAUACUUGAGCACCUGGAGUCACGUCUACAGGCUCUCGGCUGUCGUUACGUGCGGCUUCUGCUGUCGGAAAUCUUCCCUAAUAAACUCAAGCUGUUCCCAGAGGUGGAAGCGUGGAUACAGAUCGCCUGCCCAAGACUUUCUAUAGAUUGGGGAACCGCCUUUCCCAAGCCUCUGCUAACUCCAUAUGAGGCUUGCGUGGCUCUUAAAGAAACAGAAUGGCAGAAGACUUAUCCUAUGGAUUUCUAUUCCAAUCAAUCUUUGGGUCCUUGGACGGUGAACCACGAGUCUCAUCGUCCUCCACGUGUGACAGCUAGACAAACGAAGGGUCCUUUACCAAGAAAGGAGCCAUCCUUGGACAAAUGUGCACAGGCAGCAGAUUUCCCAUGUCAGGAUGACAUACAGAGGCAAGCCAAAUGACAAUGAUGGAGAUUGUGUGUCCCCCCCCCACACCCCUCGGGCACUUUUGUACCGAUUAUUUGAGAUACAGAAGGCAUCUGCAAACUCCAGCAAGAAGGUGUGAAGAAACCAAAUGAACCCGUAUAUAUUGUCAGCUCAGUAAUAAUAAUAGCGUCAUAGACCUGGAGAGCACCAUUAUUAACCCAUUCAAGUUAUACAACUGACAAAGCAUCGCCUCGUUAAUUUAUUACACUUUAAAGCUCUGAGAUACGUGGACCACAUAGUGAGGUCAGGUUGCAUCCCCCUUUUCUGUCUUGGGGGUUUCUUGAGCCAUGCAAUGUCUGCUGCUAAUUAAAAUCUCUGCUUAAUAAGGGCUUGUCUGAGCUGCUCCCCCUCCUCCCGCUGUUGCCUGGGUGAUGAGGAAUCAGAACCCGUGGAGCCCCCACUACUGGCACAGACUGCAGCAUCCCCUCCUGUGAGAGCCAAUCACCUCCCGCGAGAGCCAAUCACCUCCCGCGUGGAGACCCACAGCAAGCAGCUCUGUAAUGUCUAUGUGAUGGGAUCACGGGCUUUAAUGUUCCUUGGAAGGGGCCCAGCAAUCACUGCGCCUGCAGCUUCUAUCCUGGGAAGAGCUGAACUCGAGGGGUGUUACAUUGAUUGAAGUAAGAGAGCGCAUAAACAACAAACAGCAAAUGCAGAAUACAAAGCCUCAAAGUGGGUCACCGUUCCAGCCAUGUGACGUUCCAAGCUCUUCAUUUCUCUUAACAAUAAAUGUUAAAUAUGGCUCCUUUUCUCAUUAAAAGUGGACAGAAUUUUC